GACGUGUAUUCAGUAAAGAUUCCUCGCUUGUUUCAUGUUCUUACAAAAAAUAUGGGAUUUAUUUCAGUGAGCAUAUGUAUUUUUCUUACUAGUCUCGGACAAAUUAAAGGUGGACAGGUGGAGGAUAUAACCAUUAUUGGGGGCGGUAUCGGAGGUACCUACACAGGAUGGAGGCUCAGGAAUAAAGGCCUCCGGAUAGGAAUUUAUGAAUACUCAAAUCGUGUCGGGGGCAGAAUGUACACAAGAACCUUCCCAGAUGCCCCCGACCUUCCGGUUGAUUUUGGAGCCAUGCGGUUAAGGCCAGCAAACCAUCUAAGGAUGAUUAAAGCCGGUAGAGAAUUAGGGUUAACAUUCGUUCCUUUUGUUGAAGAAAUGGGACGGGUACCCGAGCGAACCCGCCUUUUCCUGCGAAACACGCACUUGUCGAUCCCUGAGCUGGGUUCAAUAAGGACACCUUAUAGGCUUAGACCAGAAGAAAGCAUAAAUCCCUCAGAUUUAGAAACGUCACUAUCUGCAUUGUUUACAAAUUAUAACGGUUCAGAUCCAAAAAGAGAACUUUUCACUGCUGUCACUCUCAGAGAUGGAGUACCUUUAUAUUUGCAGAGAUACAACGAAGUUAUUAGAAAAACUGGAAUAAGUAAUGAAGCCUACAAAUACAUAUAUGACAACAAUAUAUUCCACUCCGGUUUAUCUUAUGAACAGUGCAUUGAGGCGUUUCCCAAAACACGUCAGGGUUUCGGAGAGGGCACAAAUCCUACUGGACUUCCACGAGUGGUAGCUGUUCCUACCGGAAUGAGUUCAUACCCCACGCGAUUUAUGAAACAAUUCCUAUUACGGAACCCUGCAAGACACCGUUAUUAUCCAAACAGCCAACUAAUCAAAAUAUCAAAAACAAAAAGAGGACUUUACCGACUGAUAUUUAGAAGAACAAGAACUAUCAAUGGUAAAACUAUUCCUACAUCUAAAUACUUCAGAGUGGUAACUCGUAAUGUUAUACUAGCACUACCAAAGAUAGCUAUACAGCGGAUUCAGAUGCCAGACUCCAACAAUCCUGUUUUCCAGUCAGCACUCAAUUCAGUGAUUGAUGUUCAAGCCUCUAAGAUAUUCCUUGUGUACGAUUAUCCAUGGUGGCUUAAUGAGAGAUACAAUUUCACCUUUACCCAUUCAGAUCUACCCUACAGACAAUCUUUCCAUUGGGGUAUAUCUCGCACUGGCAAAGCAGUUUUUCUCAUGUCGUAUGCUGAUUUCGACGAUGUCGCGUUCUGGAGUCGACUUCAACGGAGAGGAAACGUCAUAAGCAAAAGAAAUGAUGAUACCCGGGUAACGGACGAGGUUAUAAGACACGCACAUAGUCAGAUUUCCAAAGUUUACAAGAUAGACCCCAGACAUCUCCCUGCUCCUGUGGACGGAAUGAUGUUCGUUUGGGACAGGUACCCAUACAAUGGAGGUUGGAUUUCUUGGAAGCCUGGAUCAAGAUGGUACGACAUCAAAAACUAUCUGACAUCACCUUUUCCAAGAGACAAUAUAUUUAUUGUGCAUGGUUACUGGGGAGCGGAACAUAAUGGUUGGGGGGAGAGUUCGUUGGAGGCCGCUGAUGACGUAUUAACUCACUUUGGCCUUCCUUCUUAUCUUUCUUAUAAGAGAAAAAAUAAAAUGUAUUAACAGUGUAGUAAGUCGAGACAAAAUAAAUAUAAAAACUUA